AUGGGAACCUUCUCAGAAACAAUCGAAAUGAUACCUGGGACUAGACUCCUGCUCAACCCAGGCAGAGGUGAUGGGUCAACCCACAUUGUUCUGUCUCCAGAGCCCUCCAGUGACCCUGACGACCCCCUCAACUGGAGCAUCACCCGCAAGACCAUCUCCUUCCUAGUGGUCAACAUAUACUCUUUUAUGGUGGCUGUGGUAGCUUUGUCCACAGCUGUCACCUAUGGAGCCCUCAUUGCUGAGUUCAACACAACGGCUGAGUACCUGAAUGUCGGCACGGCGGUCUCGAUUCUGUUUAUCAGAAUGGGCAACAUCAUCUGGAAUCCUAUGGCUCUUCGAUUUGGUCGUCGGCCGGUCUACAUACUAUCUUGUCUCUUGACAGGCGUCGCUCAGGUCAUUGCAGCCACCGCACAGAGAAGUGACGUCUUUGUAGGCUCUCGUAUCCUGAUGGGUUUUGUUGCUGCUCCUUUUGAGCAGCUUCCCGCAGUGACUGUCAAUGACCAGUUCUUUGUCCAUCAGCGAGGCUUUGGAUUAUCCUUUAUUGGCCCUCUAGCAACUGGAUUCAUCGUCGACGGGAUCGGCUGGCGCUGGGUAUAUUGGACCUUUGCCAUCACCAUGGCGGUCGUCACCGCCGUCGGCCUCACAAGCCUUUCCCCCCUCAUCGGCAGCAUGAUCCUCUUCUACGUAGGCGGAGCAGGAACGGACCGCUUCAUGAUAUGGCAGGCUCGCUGGAACGGCGGUACCAUGGAGCCCGAGUCGCGCAUCUACGCUGCAUUGGUGGCGGGCCCGAUCAUGAGCGCCGGGCUAGUGCUGUACGGGGUGGGAUCUUCGGCGGGCUUACACUGGAUGGUGCCGGUGGUGGGAAUGGAGCUUAUCGGCGCAGGGGUACCAAUUGCCGGAGAGGUCUCUCUGGGUUAUGUCACUGAGGUUAUUCUCACAGAGCUGGAGAGGCGUCUACGGCCAUGA